AUGACAACACAACGUCCUGUCAGCGAACAAUUUAACCUUCAACCCGCAAAAUCGGGAUCUAACUCGCAGUAUCGACAAUCGGCUGACCUAUCUCACUUGGGACAACAACCGACAAACCAUAGGAGUUCAAGGCCAACCUCCGAAAUAUUCUCCGCAAAUAACCAUAACACAUAUCAAUCACCUGAAGCUGAAGCAAUCGACAAGUGGUUUGAAGACCUUCAACAUUACGAACAAACACUUGAAGAAAUGGCUACAGCGAGUUUAGAUCAAAAUUUCAAAGAAGAACUUAGUGCCAUUGAACAAUGGUUCCGAGUUUUAUCCGAAGCUGAACGAACGGCCGCUUUGUAUAGUUUAUUACAACACUCGACUCAAGUACAGAUACGAUUUUUUAUAACUGUGCUUCAGCAAAUGGCAAGAAAUGACCCUAUGGGAGCUCUUCUGUCACCGGCAAAUCCUGAAAAAGAUCUAAUGCAGGCGCAAUUGGCAGGCGCUAUGGCAAAAGCUGAGGUCGAAGCCAAACUAGCUGGUAUGUCUCUUAAAUCACCAACAAGUCCGACAUAUCCACGUCGUUUAUAUGAUCGACACUCGGGUGUCGAAUUCUUAUCUCCUGAAGCCGCCAUUUACUCGGAUCCUGCAGCCGCUCUUGCACAGCAAAGAGCUAGACUUCAAGCCAAUACCGGUAAUCGAUCGGCUUCCUUAUAUUCAUCACGACCAAAAUCUAUGGUUGCCGAGACAGAUCAAGCGGUUUGGGCCCCGACUAACCGAACAAGCAAUGGUCGGCCGAAAUCUGCUGAUCUUAGUGCCCUUCCUUGGACCCCAGCAGCUUUUCCAUUACGUUCUCCUCGACCUGGAACUGGCGCUUUUGACGGCGAGUUAUCUCCUCUCGUUGGCGGUAGUUGGGCUAGUAUGGUGUCUACACCUGUGGUACCAAUGUUUGCAGAAAACAAAAAUAAGCAAGCUACAGACGUUGAUUUGGUUAAUAAAAAAUUAACCAAUUGGAGUAUUAGUAAUAGUUCUGGCAAUCGUGUUGUUUUAGAAAGUGACGUUAAAAAAUUCCGUCGUAAUCACGGAAAAAAUAAUAAUUCCGGUGUUCCGGCUACAGUACAAGAAGAGAAAUAUAAUACAGCCAAUAUCGUACUAGCGAUGUAUGACGCUGAUGGAAAUAUUCGUUCGCCUCAACAAUCUCCUAUUCCAAGUCCAAAAGCUCUUGGAUCAAGGCAAAGUUCGCGACCUACUUCACCAAAUCCUAAUCCCACCGGUGGCUUGUAUCCCAUUCAUCCUGGUUGGGGCCCUUCAACUAGCAGCGGGAAAGGAACUCACUUAACACCUCCGAAUGUAGGAGUACCUUAUAAUGACGAGAAUGGCGAAGUGGGUGGUUAUCACAGUGAUCAUAGUGAUGCUUCACACCAUGCUAAUAAUUCAAAAGAUAUUCCACAAUGGCUACGAAGUCUUCGUUUACACAAGUAUACUCCGGUAUUUGAAGGAAUGAAUUACAAAGAAAUUAUCGAAUUAGACGAUUCUGAGCUAGAGCAAAAAGGAGUAGCUGCUCUUGGAGCUAGGCGCAAGAUGCUGAAAGAAUUUGAGAAAGUCAAAAAGGCAAUGGCUGAUAAGGGUUCAUAA